UUCAAAGAAAUAUACAAUGGCCUUUUACAAAGUUGGUAUCCUUUCUCUGCUCCUAUUGUCUGGUAUAUUUCUGCUGGGAAUUGAGGUGGAAUAUGGAAAUGCUCAAAAGAUGUGUCUCCAGGUUUGUGACAAUGAAGUUGCUUACAUGACUUGCCCCUCUUCAGGAGAUGAGAAAAUGACUGAAGUAUGUGUCAACUGUUGCACAGCAGAUGAAGGCUGUAAAUUAUUCCGCGCUGAUGGAUCGUUAAUUUGUACUCGAACCCCUGAAUAAUAUAUAUAUAUACACUUAGUAAAAUGUAAUCAUUAAAUUCAUAUUCGUUUGUAAUAAGACCUGAGUUAUUUUACUCUGGAGAUUCGUAAUAAUAUUU